AUGUCCGAAGAGUCCGACGCAGGUCGUCCGUCAGAGUUUAGCGAUUCUUUAGAGUGUUUUGAAACGAUUUCGGACUUUGAAGAUUUUGAAGAUGUAAAAAGUGACGAUGAAUACCUUGAGAAGUGGUCUCCGAAAUAUCACGUGUCAAUGUUUAUAGCUAGUUUUAUUCGCAAAAAUAUUCGACGACAUCGUUACGAAGCUAUACGCCAAUCGCUCGAUUCGUGUAUUCCGUAA